CGCUUACCAGGAAGAAGUGUUUGCACGGGGAUGCUGCCAAGAUAUACUAAACACUGUGUGAAGAAGGAAGAACGGUGCUUGAACAGAAGGAGCAGAUUCUCUGAAGGUGCCUCUGCCCGCCACACCAAGUUUAAGACCCCCACCUGAAAACUAGGCCAGCCUUCCCAAGAGAAAGCAGGUCUUCUCAUCUCCUUCAUUAUGAAUUGGCAUAUGAUAAUCUAUGGGCUUAUCAUAGUGGUGCUUAAAAUGAUUGGAAUGAUCUUUUUCCUGCUUUAUUUCCCACAGAUUUUUGGCGGAAGUAAUGUCAGCUUCCUUCCCACAGAGAGCUAUGGAACAGUCCCACAGACUUUUGGGAGCAGUAAUGUCACCAUACUUCCCACACAGAGCUAUGGAACAGUCUGCCCCAACAGGUGGUAUUUUCAUCAAGGAAAAUGCUUUUGGUUGUCCCCUUUUGAAAUGUCUUGGAAUGAAAGCAGGGACUUUUGCAAAACAGAAGGAUCCACUUUAGCCAUUGUCAACACGCUAGAGAAACUGAAAUUUCUGCAGAACAUAAUUGGUGCUGAGAAAUAUUUUAUUGGCUUAUACCAGGAUACAGAGAAAAGAUGGCGUUGGAUCAACAACUCCCCAUUCAAUGGCAACAUUACCAGUCAGCAAGAAAACUUCAACUGUGUGACCAUAGGCCUAACAAAUACAUUCGAUGCUUCAUCAUGUGACAUCAACUUGCGCUGGAUCUGUGAGAAGCUGGUCAAAUGAUAGGAGUUCUCUGUGGCCUCUGACAAGAAAAACACACUUGUGGAGAAAGCAAGAAGAAUAUAAUUGGGAUUGGUACAGGAAAUACAGAACAUCAAAUUACUGUGUCCA